AUGUCUUUGCAAACACCACUAUGCGACUUACUAGGGAUCAAACACCCCAUCCUUCUGGCUGGUAUGGCCAAAGCAUCCGGCCCCGAACUCGCCGCCGCAGUAUCUAAUGCCGGCGGUCUCGGAAGCAUAGGUGGUCUGGGAUACACUCCAGAGCAACUAGAUGAAAUGCUCAUCGAGCUCAAAUCACUACUCCGUGACCCAAACCUGCCAUUUGGAGUCGACCUUGCGCUUCCACAAGUCGGUGGAGGAGCACGUGCUACCAACCAUGAUUACACUCAUGGUCACCUCGAUGAAUUGAUUGAAUUGAUCAUCAAGCAUGGAACAAAAUUGUUCAUCUGUGCUGUCGGUGUGCCUCCCGAGCACACUGUUAAGCGUCUCCAUGAGGCUGGUAUCCUGAUUAUGAACAUGGUUGGCGCCCCCAAACAUGCCGAGAAGGCCCUACAGCGUGGCGUGGACAUUAUCUGUGCCCAGGGCGGAGAAGGAGGUGGUCAUACCGGUGACGUCCCCUUUUCUGUCUUGAUUCCUGCUGUUGUCGACGCUGUGCAAAAGUAUAAGAGCCCCCUUACAGGCAAGACGCCUCUUGUCGUUGCCGCUGGUGGUGUCAACGAUGGCCGAAGUCUAGCCGCUUCCCUCAUGCUCGGUGCCUCGGGUGUCUGGGUCGGUACUCGAUUGCUGGCUACCGUUGAAAGCGGUGCCAGUAAGCUUCACAAGGAAGCCGUUAUCUCAGCCGGGUUUGGAGAAACUAUUCGUACUCUGGUUGUCUCCGGUAGACCACUUCGCGUCUUGCCGAAUGACUAUAUCAAACAAUGGGAGAGUAGACCACAGGACAUUCAGAAAUUGACGGAAAAGGGUAUUAUCCCCAUGAUGCAUGAUAUUGAGCAGGAGGUUGAAGACGUCGAUUUCCCGUUUUUGAUGGGAAGUGUUUCUGCGAUGGUCAAGAAGAUCCAGCCGGCUGGCGAGGUUGUGGAGGAUAUGGCCAAGGAGGCUGUUGAAGUGCUUCAAAAGGGUCAGACGUUUAUCAAGAGCAAUAGUAAACUAUAA